AAACCACUGUGCCUAAGAAAUCGAUAGGUCCUGACAAUGAACACUGAGGUAUAUCGAUAUUAUCGCGCAUGGGUCGGUCCAGCUCUAAUGCAAAACGCGUUUUUUUCUCGCGAAGCGGCUUUUUGCAAAUUUAUGUUGAAGUAAAUAGUUUCUACUCGACAUAAUGUAUAUAUCGGAGCCCGACGUUGUUCAGGAUCGGGCUGAGAUCACCUGCCGUUUGUGCCAUCGUGAGACGGAACCCAACUCGCUUAACAUUUUUGAGAGCUCGGCGGAGUACUGUAAGGACGUGUCCAUUGCCGAGAUUUCCCAGGGUCUGUGGAGCGUUCAGUAUGAACGCCAUGAGUUUUUGUCGGAGCUCAUAUGCCCAGAAUGUCUGGAUAUCCUGGAAGAUGCCUUUGAGCAACGAAGAGGCAUGCAGGAGCGGGAAAAGACGCUACAGGAACAGCUUAAGGUCCUGAUUAAGGAUGAUGCGAAAUACCGACCCGGACUAAAUGGUAAUCCCGGGGAAUUUGAGCCUGAGGAGGGCUGCGACAUCGUAGACGUCGACCCGGAAAAGCUGGCGGAGAGCAGUGAAGAUGAGUUCGCACUUGGCUCCGAUGGGGAAUACGAAAACUAUGACGAUGAUGAUGAGGAGGAAGAGGAAGAAUUCGAUGAGGAUGACGAGGAAGAUGCUCAGAAUGGAGAGGAUGUUGACAUGCCGUUGGGAAUGGAUGCGGCUCAAAUGGCGGCUCAAAAAUCCAUUGCAUCUGAUACAAGCUCCUCAACGGCACGGCCUAAGCGUGCUUUCCUCUGUCAGUACUGUGAUCUGGGCUUCACUCUUCCUUCCGAUUGUCAGGAGCAUGAGCGAAGUGCUCACGAUCCAAACGCACCGUACUGCUGCACCUUCUGCAACCUCGCGAUGGUUACCCGUCCCGCCUUGAUUUCGCACAUAAAAAUACUGCACGAUCCAGAUCGCCCGUAUGUAUGCGCCCAAUGUCGAAAGGGAUUCGUUCGUCGCUCCGAUCUCAAGAAGCACACAAUAGUACAUACGGGCGUGAGACCCUACACCUGCAACGUGUGCUCCAAAAGCUUUUCGAGAAACACCAAUCUGACCAAGCACCUUCGCAUUCACAGCGGUGUUAAGCCGUUUGUUUGCCAGCAAUGCCCGCGAUCCUUCCAGACGGCAGUGGAAAUGAUGAGGCACUCACGUUCCCAUGGCGAUGCAAAGGCCUUUCAAUGUACCCGCUGCCCUUGCUCGUUCACUCGCAAGGAUAAAUUGGUGGCCCACCAGCAAGUGCACACCAGGCGAGGAGUGGACCAGCAGCAGCAGCAGCAAAUGGGAUUGCUUCCCCCAUUGGAGGGCGAACUGUCGGUCCAGCAGCAGCAUGCAGUUCAGGUGAAGCAAAAGACACCGGCACAAUCCAAAAACUCGCGAAAUUACCGGUGCGAUGUGUGUGAUCGGGCCUUCCAGCGGGAGCGCGACCUGCAACGACAUCGAGCGCUCCACAUGGACUCGCUGUUUGCAUGCAAAAUAUGCAAUCAAGGCUUUAACCGCCGAGAACAACUGCAUCGCCAUGAACUAGAGGCCCAUGGACCCAGUUUUACGUGUGCGAUCUGCUGCAUCAGUUUCCUGCAUCAGAUUGAGCUGGAGAAUCACUUGAAGGUCCAUCAGUUGCAGCACAAGAUGGCGCAGCGGGCUCAGGAGGCAUCUGUUUUGCCUCUGAAAAUUACCGAGCAGGCUCCAGUAGCUAUGAUGCCGCCGAUUGUGAAGGAACCCCCGCCAAUGCGUCCCUCGGCCUCUGAACUAUCUUUCUAUAGCAACAUGAUUCCUACCAUGAAUCUGGGCUUCUAUAGCGAGACUCGUCCCGAGGAGUAGAAUUAUGUACAAACACUAUUUUUAGUAUGUAGGUGAAAAAAGUUUUAAAAUUCAUUGCUGUUUUAGGUGUUAAGAUUAAAGAUUCUACAGAUACUAACGGGUUCUAAAUUUAAGUCUCCAGCCUAAUAUUUGCCAAAAUCUUAGCUUAGCGGUUUCUUAAUAAACGGUUACCUACGUAUUUA